CUCUUGGCAAGCAGAAUGUGUGUGUGUGUGCAGCAAGAUAUCGCUGAAAUAGAGAACAGGAAGAGAAGAUACUAGUGCCUCCUCGCACACAAUCUCUUUGCUCUCCCGCUGUGCAGCAAGUUCCUCUCCUGUCCCCCGCUGAAGGUCCUGCUCAUGGGCAAAGUGAAGGGCAAGCCUGGGCCCUUGGCCCGGAGGCCAGACAACUCGGCUUUCAAACAGCAGAGGCUACCGGCCUGGUCUCCCAUGUUGACUGCCAACACCGUGCUGCCUUUCUUCUACUUUAUGGCUUUGAUAUGUAUGCUGCUAGGAGUGUGGCUGCUUCUCACAGUUCAGAGCACACAGGAAAUAAAGAUGGAUUACACCAAAGCUGGGACAUGUGACAAAUGUUAUGAAAAGCUUAAAAAUGAGAGCCACGCAGGACAGAGCUGCAGCUGCACCGUGGUCCUCAACAUCGAGAAACCCUUCAAGGGAGACGUCUUUUUCUAUUACGGCCUCAAGAACUUCCACCAGAACCUCCGUAGAUACAUGGACUCCAGAGACGAUGGACAGAUGGUCGGCAGAAAGAAUAACUUAAAGAACCCAAGUUCUUACUGCAAACCCUUCGACAGAGACCAGAACGGACUCCCCAUCGCCCCCUGUGGUGCUGUGGCCAACAGCAUGUUCAACGACUCCUUCACAUUUUUCUAUCAUGAAUCCACCGGUAGCUCGGUGAAAGUCCCCUUGUUGCAGAGAGGCAUCACCUGGUACACGGACAAAAAUGUCAAGUACCGCAACCCGAAGAUGGACAACUUGACCCUGGCUCAAGUGUUUGAAGGCACAGCAAAGCCUCUGUUCUGGCAGAAACCCGUGUACGAGCUGGAUCCGUUAGAUUCAACCAACAACGGCUUCAUCAACGACGCCCUGAUCGUGUGGAUGAGGGAAGCAGCCUUCCCCAACUUCAAGAAGCUCUAUGGGAUUUUAUACCGAGGCGGCAGCCCCUUCACUCAGGGGCUUUCAGCAGGGUCUUACUCCAUCGACAUAUCCUACAACUUCCCCGUGCAGCAUUUCCAAGGCAGGAAGGAAGUGGUGCUGACCACGCUGACCUGGUUCGGAGGUCAGAACCAUUUCCUGCCCAUCGCUUACCUGGUGACCAGCAGUUUGAUCCUCCUGAUCGCCGUUGUCCUCACGGUGGUGUGGUGCAAGUUUGGAAAGACUGGGAAGAACAUGGAGGGGUGAAGGGUAAAACGGUAAAAACGUUCAAGCAGCUGAAGAUCGAUAAUUACUGUUUUUAAAACAACAUAACGGAAAAAAGGUUUAAAGAAAAUUAUCUUAAUUUAUUACAGACAGGACAAAAAUGAAGAAAUGACUAAUGAUCCACAUGUGACAGAUUUCAGUUUUCUUUACUUGGAAUUGAUGAACUUUUGCAUUUUUAAUACACACCAUGUUUUUCAUGCACUGUUAAUAUUUAUAAGAUAAUUAUAUUUAUUCCAAGUAUCACAUUAUCAGUUAAUAAGUUAUACAAAAACUCCACUCGAUUGAAAGUGUGAUGUAUAAUAAAGAGGGACGCCAGCAGACAAAACCUUGAAUUGUAAUAAUAUGAGAUUACAUGUGCAGUGUCGUCUUAUGGCAAGGUCCUGGUACGACCGACCUCUGUCUGUGCAGAGUUUAAAUGUUUGUGAGGAAUCUAAUCUUGCCCAUAGGUGUGAAUGUGAAUGGAUGUUUGUCUCUAUAUCUUCCAGUUAAUCCUCAAAUAUAGAUAACGGACGGACGGACGGAUAAAAUGUUCAUCUAGUGCUUUUUCUACAUCAGGGUCGUACUGGAGCUAACAUGAGUUUAAGAUGUGAUUCAGUAAGACUAAUCCACAGUCAUGUUAGCAGCUCUCAGGGUUCAGAGAAGCUUUGAGCUAAAUGCUUCAAGUAACGAUGCAACCUGCUGUUUUGCAGGUAUUUGUUUACAAUGUGCACCGACUCAGUGGUUGCCUGGAGACUUGUGUUCAUUAACACUGAACACAGAAGUAAAACUUGAACUGAAGACAUCUUUAACUUAACAGAUAUUUAGCUGUAAAUCAAAGUAUCACAGAAAAAUGACUGAUUGUGUUUUUCACAUAAAGUAAAAUAUGGUUGUUGAUUGAGGAUAAAAAUUUCUAACUGCAUUUGUAAUUGUGAAGACUCUACGUGUCUGAAACGAAAGGUUAAUGAAUCAAGUUGCCUGCACUGAAAAAAGACAAACAUUUAACAACUUCAUAGAAUGAAAAACAAAGUUUCUUCAAAUCAAAGUCAUAAAUUGUGUGAAUA